UAAUAGAUUUGAAUAUAUUUUGUUUACAGGUUAUAAGUUAUAACGUAAAGUCACGAAAAGAGUUUGUGAAAAUUGAAAAUUGCACUACUCCUCUAGUAGCAAGUACUACUGGAAACUGGAAACUGGAAACCAAGCUAACUAUCCCAAGGAUCAUAACUAAUAGCAUAGUAAAUAGAUAAUGUCUGAUUCUGCAGGCUCAGGAGAAAGUGACGGUUACUACGGAUAUGGACAGUAUGCCGGAGAUGAGUCGUACUAUAAUAACAAUAACUAUAGAGGAGGUUAUAGAGGAAGAGGACGAGGAUACGAUUAUAAUAAUGGAUACUCGUCGUAUAGAGGAGGGUACAGACACUCGUCAUAUAGUGGUAGAAACACUUCCACUUAUAUAGCACCAGGAGCUCGAGAUACUCAUACCCGAGAUACUCAUGCUCGAGAAGGUCAUACCCGAGAUGAAUCAGAAGGUAUAAAAGAAGACAGUCAUUAUGGUGAAGAAGAAGGUUAUGACGGUUAUCGAGGCAAUAACUAUAGGGGUUCGUAUCGUGGAGGAAGAGAUAUUAGUGGUAGAGGUAGAGGUGGAUCUACAUACCAUUAUAGAGCCAGUACAGGAGGCAUUAGGGAAGGAUAUUCACAUGAUACUUAUAGUAAGGAAAGUUCCAACUCAUCAAGUGGUACUCCUAUCCAUGCAAGAGACACUUCUGUAUCUACGGCCAAAACAUUCAAUAAUCCAUGGAUAGGGAUUCUCCAAAUAGACUCAGAAACGACUCAGGACUCAUUAGAGAAAAAUUAUAACGACUUGAAGAAAGUCAACAAAGACAUAGACCAGUUACAAAAGAUACGAUUGGAGUUGGAAAACAGUGUAAAUUUCUUAGACAAUCAACUUGAAAGAGAGGCAUUGAAUGUUCAGCUCACCAAUGAGAAGCUUGAGGAGUUUGCCUACUUAUAGGGUAUCUGUAUGAAUAUGUAUAAUAGGGCUGUACUUUAUAGUGUACAUAGUGUACAUAGUGUAUAUAGUGUACUUUAUAUUGAACUUAAUAAUGUAUGUAUUAGUUCGUGUAUGUUAGCGUUCUACCGAAUUAGAAGGACUACGUUUAGUUAUACUAGCAGAUUCACAGAUAUAUCAAAUCAGUUCAGUGAAUUAAGGGAAUCUUCGGAUGCAUGCCUAUAUAAAGAAAAGUAACUUUAUUUAUAAAUGUAGCUUAACUCCUAUGUGGAAAUAUGGCGUAUAAAUAUUUAGCCCAUUCCCACCUUAUUUAUUUUCCCCACAAUUUCUCCUCAGAAAAUUGAUGCAAAAGGAAUAAAUAUUUUCCGUCAUAAUAUUACUAUGCAAAUUUAUCGUUAUCUUCUAAGUGAUAUACAACAAGGCCUAAU